ACGAACAAAUCAUCUGAAAAUUUUUAGUGACAGUGGACCUCAGUGGACACUCCAUUAGAGAUCAAUUCUUAGACCAUAUAGUACAUGGUCUAAGGAUCAAUUAUACAAAUUGACAUCUGCGCACAGCGCACUAAUUACCUUCAAAUUGUCGUUGUUCUUCACAGUCGUAAAGGGUAGAUGCAGAGAACACACCCUAAAGGCAUUUGAGCUUGCAAAGAAUAAUAAUUAUGGAAGUCGCCUUCAAUUUUUGAUAUAAUUAUCCCACGUUAGAAUUAUUAUCUACAUUUUACUCAGCAGCACUUGUGAUCCGAGUGAGGGAACAGUGUGGGCUUUGUAUGAAAAUAAUUAUGUCGGUGGGUGAUGAAACAGAGAUUAAGGUUGAACUGAUUCAAGAAGAAGAAAUCAAUUCCUCCGUCUCAAAAAAUGUCGUUAUAAGGAAUGAAGUUUCAGCAACAAUAAAGGAAGAAUUUAAUGAGAGUAUCGGUGAAGAUUACUCUGAAAUUGUGUUUUACGGAGACCAAAAUCGUUUAGGACAGAGGAAUCGACAACGUGCCUUGAAUGUUUUUAAAUGUGCCUCUUGUAAUUAUGUUGCUAAGAAUAAAAUGUACUUACAACGCCAUUCCAAAGGACAUUUAGUGCAGAAAGUUUCUCAAAAUUUUUAUUGCGGGAAUUGUGAUUUCUCAACAAAAAACAAAUCAUAUUUAAUACGGCACCUUCGCAAACAUCGCUUUAUACGCAUUUCGAAAGAUUUUGUGUGUUAUAAAUGUAAUAGUUAUGCAACAAAUACUAAAGCAUCUUUGAAACGACACCUCUUAAUUCACAAAGAUUCUAAAGAUUUUAAAUGUGACUGGUGUGAAUUUGCAACACAUAAUAAAUCAUAUUUGAAACGGCACAUUCAAAGGCAUAUUUUAACACAUGGCCCUAAAGAUUUCAAUUGUGACAUUUGUGACUUCGCAUCAAACGACAGGUCAAAUUUUAAACGACAUCUUCUAAAACACCAAGCUUCUAAGGAUUUUAAAUGUGAUCAUUGUGUGUUCACAGCAAACAAUAAACAGUGUUUGAUAAGACACCUCUUGAAGCAUAGAGUUUCGAAAGAGUUUAAAUGUGACAAGUGUGGUUACGGUACAAAUAAUAAAUCACAUUUAAAACAACACACCUUAAUACACAAAGAAUCGAAAGAUUUCAAAUGUGACUAUUGUGAUUAUGCCACUAACAUCAAAUCUUCUUUUAAUCUGCAUGUAAAGUGGCAUCUCCUAGCAGAAAAUGUUUCAAAGGAGUUUAAGUGUGACAAAUGUGAGUACGCAACAAAUUUUAAAUCAUAUUUUAAACGACACCUUUUAACACACAAAGCGUCUAAAGAUUUCAUAUGUGACAAUUGUCAUUAUGCAACAAAUAUUAAAGCACAUUAUAAUGACCACAUCUUAAUACACAAAGAUUCCAAAGAUCUGAAAUGCGACAAAUGCGGAUUUGCCACAAAUAUUAAAUCCUAUUUUAAACGACACCUUUUAGUACACAAAGAUACUAAAGAUUUCAAAUGUGACAAUUGUGAUUUUGCAACAAAUAACCGAUCAUAUCUCAAACGACACAUUGCAGGACACAAAGUUUCUAAAGACUUUUAUUGUGACACAUGUGGGUAUGGAACAAAUAAUAAAUCACAUUUGAAGCGACACUUUGUAAUACACAAAGAGUCGAAAGGGUUCAAGUGUGAUAAGUGUAAUUAUGUUUCAAAUUUUAAGUCGUCUUUUACACGUCACAUUAAUGGUCAUGUCUUAAAAAAAACUACGAAAGAUUUAAAAUGUGACAAAUGUAAUUAUGCGACAAAUUUUAAGUCAUAUUUUAAACGACACCUAUUGAAGCAUGGUGUUUCAACAUUGUAAAUUUGACACUUUCUGAAACAUAAGCCACGUUCGAGGCCACGUUAUUAAUCUCAUCAACACAAUUAUUUAAUUCAUCACAGAUUUUAAAUCGCACCUUUUGAUGAGCACAUUUCUAUUCAUUGUUUUUUUAAACUGUGAGCUGUAGUCAACCUCCUACUAUUUUAAAUGUUAUUUUACAACACAGUUAAAGUAAUGUACCUACUUACUUUAUUUCAUGUGAUCCCCAUUUGUAAAACCGAUAUUACACGCAUCAAUUUUUUCUUCAAUUUUAAUGACUUCCUGAGUUCUCAGUACUAAAGUUUCAAGAUCCAUGUCGAUUUUAAGAUCAAUUUGAAGAGAUCUCUUUUAAUCUAUUUUAACUGUUCUUACAAUUGAUAGGUACUAACUAUUCCAGUGAUGAUCAGUUUUAGAACCCAAUUCCAAUAGGUUUUUAAAAUUGGCCAAGCAUAACUUAUUU